UAUCUCAGGACUUCACUGACUGCUUCUAGAGCAUAUUCCCUUUUCAAUCUUUUUCCACCUGGGAAGGAUACUAAAUUAAACCAACAACCAUGGGUGACGGUGAGAUGGCUGCAUUUGGGGCGGCAGCCCAAUUCCUCCGAAAAUCAGACAAGGAGAGGAUUGAGGCACAGAACAGACCGUUUGAUGCCAAAACAUCAUACUUCGUGAUAGACCCAAAGCAGAUGUAUGUGAAGGGAGAAAUUCAGAGCAGAGAAGGUGGCAAAGUCACUGUGAAAAAAGAAGAUGGCACAACUGUAACGGUGAAGGAUGAUGACGUCUUCCCUAUGAACCCACCCAAGUACGAUAAGAUUGAAGACAUGGCCAUGAUGACCCACUUGAACGAACCAUCCGUCCUGUAUAACCUCAAAGAGCGUUACGCAGCCUGGAUGAUCUACACCUAUUCCGGCCUGUUCUGUGCUACAGUCAACCCCUACAAGUGGCUGCCCGUGUACAACCCCGAGGUGGUCAAUGCUUACAGAGGCAAAAAGCGUCAGGAAGCCCCACCUCACAUCUUCUCCAUCUCUGAUAAUGCCUAUCAGUUCAUGUUAACCGAUCGUGAAAAUCAGUCAAUCCUUAUUACUGGAGAAUCUGGUGCUGGAAAGACUGUGAACACGAAACGCGUCAUCCAGUACUUUGCAACAAUUGCAGCUACUGGAGACAAGAAGCAAAAGGAGGCGGAGAAGAGCAAGGGCACUCUGGAGGAUCAAAUCAUCCAGGCUAACCCUCUGCUGGAAGCCUUCGGCAAUGCCAAGACCGUGAGGAAUGACAACUCAUCCCGCUUCGGUAAAUUCAUCAGAAUCCACUUUGGGACUACUGGCAAAUUGUCAUCUGCUGAUAUUGAAACAUACCUUCUGGAAAAAUCCAGAGUAACAUUCCAGUUGUCAGCAGAGAGAAGCUACCACAUCUUUUACCAGAUUAUGUCCAACAAGAAGCCUGAGUUGAUCGACCAGUUGCUGAUUACAACCAACCCUUAUGACUUCCCACUUGUCAGCCAAGGUGAAAUCACAGUAGCAAGCAUUGAUGACCAAGAGGAGCUGAUGGCCACUGAUGAAGCCAUUGACAUCCUGGGUUUCAAUGCUGAUGAGAAAAUAGGAAUCUACAAACUGACGGGCGCAGUCAUGCACCAUGGCAACAUGAAAUUCAAGCAGAAACAAAGAGAGGAGCAGGCUGAGCCAGAUGGCACAGAAGUGGCUGACAAAAUUGCCUAUCUGAUGGGUCUCAAUUCAUCCGAUCUACUGAAGGCCUUGUGCUACCCAAGAGUCAAAGUUGGGAAUGAAUUUGUGACCAAAGGUCAAACUGUGCAACAGGUUCACAACUCAGUUGGUGCCCUGAGUAAGUCAGUCUAUGAAAAGAUGUUCUUGUGGAUGGUCAUUCGUAUUAACCAGCAGUUGGACACCAAACAGCCAAGACAGCACUACAUUGGUGUCUUGGACAUUGCCGGCUUUGAAAUCUUUGAUUUCAACAGUUUGGAGCAGCUGUGUAUCAACUUCACCAAUGAGAAACUGCAACAGUUUUUCAAUCACCACAUGUUCGUCUUAGAACAAGAGGAAUACAAGAAGGAAGGUAUCGAAUGGGAGUUCAUUGACUUCGGCAUGGACUUGGCAGCCUGCAUUGAGCUUAUUGAGAAGCCAAUGGGCAUCUUCUCCAUCCUUGAAGAGGAGUGUAUGUUCCCCAAGGCAACGGACACUUCAUUCACCAAUAAACUGUAUGAUCAGCAUCUUGGCAAGUCCAACAACUUCCAGAAACCAAAGCCAGGUAAAGGCAAAGCUGAGGCUCACUUCUCCCUUGUCCACUAUGCUGGGACAGUGGAUUACAACAUCAGUGGCUGGCUGGACAAGAACAAGGAUCCACUGAAUGAAACUGUCAUUGGGCUAUACCAGAAGUCUUCUGUGAAACUGCUCUCAUUCCUGUACUCCUCUCAUGCUGCAGACCAAGAAACUGGUGGCAAGAAGGGAGGUAAGAAGAAGGGGUCCUCUUUCCAGACCGUGUCUGCUCUUUUCAGGGAGAAUCUGAACAAACUGAUGUCCAACUUGAGAAGCACUCACCCCCACUUUGUACGUUGUUUGAUCCCCAAUGAGACAAAGACUCCAGGUACAAUGGACCACUACCUGGUCAUGCAUCAGCUCAGGUGUAACGGUGUCCUGGAGGGAAUCAGAAUUUGCAGAAAAGGAUUCCCAAGCAGAAUCCUAUAUGGUGACUUCAAACAGCGUUACAAGAUCCUUAAUGCCAGUGCUAUCCCAGAUGGUCAGUUUAUUGACAGCAAGAAGGCUUCAGAGAAACUUCUUGGAUCCAUCGAUGUUGACCAUACUCAGUACAGAUUUGGGCACACCAAGGUGUUCUUCAAAGCCGGUCUCUUGGGUACCCUUGAAGAGAUGCGAGAUGAAAAAUUGUCUCAGCUGAUCACUCGUACUCAGGCUAUCUGCAGAGGAUACCUCAUGAGAGUAGAGUUUAAGAAGAUGAAUGAGAGGAGGGAAUCGGUAUAUUGUAUUCAGUACAAUGUCCGCUCAUUCAUGAACGUCAAACAUUGGCCAUGGAUGAAGCUGUACUUCAAGAUCAAGCCUCUUCUGAAGAGCGCGGAAUCCGAGAAGGAAAUGGCCAACAUGAAGGAAGAGUUUGAAAAGACAAAGGAGGCUCUUCAGAAGUCAGAAGCCAGGAGAAAGGAACUAGAGGAGAAAAUGGUCAGCAUACUCCAGGAAAAGAAUGACCUACAACUCCAAGUUGCAUCUGAAUCAGAAGCUGUGUCAGAUGCAGAAGAAAGAUGUGAGGGACUGAUCAAAGCGAAGAUUCAACUGGAAGCAAAGGUCAAGGAAAUUACUGAAAGACUUGAAGAUGAAGAAGAAUCUAAUGCUGAGCUAACAGCCAAGAAGAGGAAACUGGAGGAUGAAUGUUCUGAACUGAAGAAAGAUAUUGAUGAUCUUGAGCUAACAUUGGCCAAAGUUGAGAAGGAGAAACAUGCCACAGAAAACAAAGUGAAAAACCUUACAGAAGAAUUGGCUGUUCUGGAUGAAAACGUUGCCAAGUUGACUAAGGAGAAGAAAGCCCUUCAAGAAGCCCACCAGCAAACUUUGGAUGACUUGCAAGCUGAAGAAGACAAAGUCAACUCUCUCACCAAAGCCAAAACCAAGCUGGAACAACAAGUAGAUGAUCUUGAGGGUUCACUGGAGCAAGAGAAGAAGCUUCGCUUGGAUUUGGAGAGAGCCAAGAGAAAGCUGGAGGGUGAUCUCAAGUUAUCCCAGGAAUCUACAAUGGAUCUGGAAAAUGAGAAGCAGCAGCUGGAUGAAAAAGUUAAAAAGAAGGAAUUUGAAAUCAGCCAACUGCAAAGCAAGAUUGAAGAUGAACAAGCUCUGGGUGCUCAGCUGCAGAAGAAAAUCAAAGAGUUACAGGCUCGUAUUGAAGAGCUGGAAGAGGAAAUUGAAGCAGAGCGAGCAGCUAGAGCCAAGGCUGAGAAGCAACGUGCUGACUUAUCCAGGGAGCUUGAAGAGAUCAGUGAGCGUCUGGAAGAAGCUGGUGGAGCAACCUCAGCUCAGAUUGAGUUGAACAAGAAGCGUGAAGCAGAAUUCCAGAAGAUAAGACGCGACCUAGAAGAGGCCACUCUACAGCAUGAGGCCACAGCCUCAGCUCUCCGUAAAAAGCACGCCGAUAGUGUUGCAGAACUUGGAGAACAAAUUGAUAACCUUCAACGUGUUAAACAGAAACUGGAAAAGGAAAAGAGUGAGCUUAAGAUGGAGAUAGAUGACCUGGCCAGUAACUUGGAAUCUGUCUCCAAAUCCAAGGCAAAUCUGGAGAAGCUAAGCAGGACAAUAGAGGACCAAUACAGUGAAGUGAAGACUAAAGAAGAUGAGCACCUUCGAGUCAUUAAUGACAUCAAUGGUCAGAAAGCGCGUCUUCAAACAGAAAACGGGGAAUACUCACGUCAGUUGGAGGAAAAAGAAUCUUUAAUUUCUCAGCUAUCCAGAGGCAAACAGGCUUUCACCCAACAAACAGAAGAACUGAAACGCCAGCUAGAGGAGGAGAUAAAGGCCAAGAACGCCCUCGCUCAUGCAUUGCAAUCUGCCCGUCAUGACUGUGACCUUCUCAGGGAGCAAUAUGAAGAGGAGCAGGAAGCCAAGGCUGAGUUGCAAAGAUCUCUGUCCAAAGCCAAUGGAGAGGUUGCCCAAUGGAGGACAAAAUACGAGACUGAUGCUAUUCAACGCACAGAGGAACUGGAAGAUGCCAAGAAGAAACUUGCUCAGCGUCUCCAGGAUGCAGAAGAACAAGUUGAGGCUGUCAACUCAAAGUGUGCAUCUCUGGAAAAGACCAAGCAGAGGCUCCAAGGAGAGGUGGAAGAUCUCAUGGCUGACGUGGAGCGUUCCAACUCUGCAUCUGCGGCUCUUGACAAGAAGCAGAGGAACUUUGACAAGGUUCUGUCUGAAUGGAAGCAGAAAUAUGAAGAAACUCAGGCAGAGCUGGAAGCCUCCCUGAAGGAGUCCAGGUCUCUGAGCACAGAGAUCUUCAAGAUCAAGAACUCCUAUGAGGAAUCUUUAGAUCAGCUUGAGACUCUCAAGAGAGAAAAUAAGAACCUUCAACAGGAGAUCUCUGAUCUGACAGAACAAAUUGCAGAGACUGGAAAGACUAUCCAUGAAAUAGAAAAAUCCAAAAAACAGGUGGAGCAAGAGAAAUUUGACUUGCAGUCAGCCCUGGAAGAGGCAGAGGGCACUCUGGAGCACGAAGAGGCAAAGGUAAUUCGUAUACAACUUGAGCUGACUCAGAUAAAGUCUGAGGUGGACAGAAAAGUUGCUGAGAAAGAUGAAGAGAUUGAACAGCUGAAGAGGAACAGCCAAAGAGCACUGGAGACAUUGCAAAGUUCCCUGGAUUCUGAGAUCAGAAGCAGGAAUGAUGCUCUACGAAUCAAGAAGAAGAUGGAAGGAGACCUUAAUGAGAUAGAGAUUCAGCUCAGCCAUGCCAACCGCCAGGCUGCAGAAGCACAGAAACAACUCAGGAAUGUACAAGCACAAGUUAAGGAUGCCCAACUGCAUCUCGAUGAUGCAAUUAGAGGAAAUGAUGAUUUGAAGGAACAGUUGGCUAUUGUUGAAAGACGCAACAACCUCAUGACUGCUGAACUUGAAGAAAUUAGAUCUGCCCUGGAUCAGACUGAGCGGGCACGCAAAUUGGCAGAACAAGAACUUCUUGAUGUCACAGAGCGUGUUCAGCUGCUCCACUCUCAGAAUACCAGCCUCAUCAACACCAAGAAGAAGCUGGAAGCUGAUGUCACCCAACUACAGAGUGAAGUUGAAGAACAACUACAAGAAUCUAGGAAUGCAGAUGAAAAGGCUAAGAAGGCCAUCACAGAUGCUGCCAUGAUGGCUGAGGAAUUAAAGAAGGAACAAGACACUAGUUCUCACCUCGAGAGGAUGAAGAAGAAUCUGGAACAGACAGUGAAGGAUCUCCAGCAGCGUCUGGAUGAGGCCGAACAACUGGCAUUGAAAGGAGGAAAGAAGCAGCUCCAGAAAUUAGAGUCCAGGGUGCGUGAGCUGGAAAAUGAGCUGGAUGCCGAACAGAAAAGAGGUAGCGAUGCCAUUAAGGGUGUACGCAAGUACGAAAGGAGAGUGAAGGAGCUGACAUACCAGACUGAAGAGGACAAGAAGAACACCCUCAGGUUACAGGACUUGGUAGACAAACUGCAGCUGAAGGUGAAAGCUUACAAGAGACAAGCCGAGGAGACUGAGGAACAGGCAAAUAUACAUCUUUCAAGAUUCAGGAAGACCCAACAUGAACUAGAAGAGGCUGAGGAACGAGCUGAUAUUGCUGAAUCUCAGGUCAACAAGCUCAGAGCCAAGAGCCGCGAUAUCGGCAAGAAAGCGGAGGAAUAAAGAGAAGAUGUGGUUUACAGAAGCUCAUACAAUAUGGACUCCAUUGUAACUAAAAUAAUUUGUCUUAAAUUAGUUCAUGUAGAAUACAAAUAAAUCCUGUGUUUAUACUGA